AACAGUGCUGUAUCUUAAUUGGUCGAUGUUGCGUCGCACUGUUCGGUCGCACAAAAAAAAGUCAAAUUCACAAGUUCAAUAAAGUAAAGAAACGGAUUUAUUUGGGAUUUAAAUAGUUAUAGUUAUGAAUAUACCCCAAUGGCAUACAAUACCAGCGGUGGCACUAAAUCAAAUAUACGACUAUCUCGAAUCGCGAGAUCGCAGCGCAGCAGCCAAUUGUUGUUGGGCAUGGAGGCAACCUUUUUUUCAAAGACGCUACUUUAGGAACUUUCGCUUUCACAUUGACGUGGCACAGGAUGCGAAACUGUCGUUCUUCCAUCGUACCAUGGCCAAUCUGGCCAAGGAGCUGGUCAUCGUCUUCGAUUUUCACAAUGCCUUUCACAUUCAAAAGAUGCGACGGCUACUGUACAAAGUGGCACGCUGUGAUAACAUUCGAUCCUUGCGUUUCCAAACCAACAACGUGGGUCUUGUCGCCGCUGGAAAUAUGCACAGCGAACAUCUAAUCGCCAUAGAACAAUGCUUUGUGGAACCGCUGAAGAUGAUUUUAAAUCGCAAGAGCCAAGCGUGUCAGGUAUUGGAUCUGGGUGCCAUCGAAGCGCUUACCUACUAUGGCCAGGACUUUCUCAAGGCAAUGGGCAAACCGCAGGAGCUGUUGCAGCUAACGCUGGCCAGCAUUAAAUACGAUCCUAGUCACUAUCCUAUCCUCGGGCUGGACACAACGCUGCUCCAGAAAUGCGCAGCAUUGCAGGUGCUCUCCCUGGACUAUGAUACGCUCAACGAUGAGCUGUUGCACACCAUACAGGUGCUGCCGUUGCGCAAACUGCUCAUUGUAGUCCACGGUCUGGACCGGGAAGAGCAUGCCGGUGUCUCUGAGGCAGCCUGGGCCAACUUUGCAACGCAUUUCACGGGCAUCAAACUGGUGUUGACGCUCGUCUAUGCCUAUGAGGCCGUUGAAUUGCUCCAGUUGCGCAUCCUGCGUCGCCAUAUGCCCAUCACGCACAUACGCAUGCUGUUCUGUGAGUUCAUGAACCAUGAGGCCAUCGACUGGAUGUCCGUGCACAAUAGCGACACGUUGCGCAGCAUCUACUACAUUGAUUCGGUGAGCAAGCAUUCCAAUCGCAUGGACUAUAUGCGGCAUACGCGUCGCCAGGAUCCCUUUGUCAUGUUGUCCUGGCGCUGUAAGCAGCUCGAAGAGUUCGUUGUCCAUGGCUACAACAUGGAUCCGCAUUUACUUCUGGGCAUUGCACGGCUACGCGGUCGACAGCUGCGUCGUUUCGAAGUCUCCCAAAUCGAUUGGCAUCUCAACAGCGUUCCGAAAUCCCUCUUCAAUGAGGAAAUGUGCACGCUGUUGGGUCAGCACUGGUCGCUGAUUGAGCCCGAGCAGCUGCCGAGCGAAGGUUAUGGUCCUGUGGACUACGAUGUGCGUGAUAAGUUCGUUUAUGAGUUGCUGCGCCAGGAUUUGAGCCAUUAAAAAAAAGCACACAAAAAGCAGCCAAAACAAAAGAAAAGCAACAACAGAACAGAACACACAAAAACAUUAACAAACAUAACAACAAAACAACAUGACACGUGAUCAAAUCGAGCGCAUAGAAAUUUGUAGCGUUUAGUAAACAUUUACGUAGGCAACUAAAAAACCACAAAAAACAAAACAAAAAUCAAAAAGCAAAGAAAAUCCCUAAAGCGAAAAGCGAUCAAUUGACUUUUCUGUUAAGCUAUAAAAACAUUUUGAUAUAUAUGGUUACAAACGAAAAACAAAAACAAAACAAGAAACUCUUAUAUAAUUGGCAAGCCUUUAUACAACUUACAAUUUCUUUCGUAUGUUUAAACUAAGUAAACUAAAAUUUUUUACAUUUUGUUCGGCCACACAGCAAAGAAUGUAAGAGCAACCACAAGAAGAAAAACAAAAAGACUUGAGCACUUCAAAUGCAAAAAGAUAAAUAUGAAAACGAGCAGUUUAUUGUCAAAGAACAAGUAGAACAACAAUCAGCGACAACAAAAUAUGUAAGUGAGGAAGCGGAAGUUAAAACAUCAUUAUAUAGGAAACAACAACUGUGAUUUAAAACAAAAUGCAAGCAAGCGAAAGUGAAGCCAGUUACAGCAGCAGCAGCAGCAGCGACAACAACAACAACCAAUUGUUAAGCAAAUUGUCUAGUUAGCUAAGUAAAAAUAUUAAAAAAAAAAACAAAA